UACUGGCUCAGAAUUGACUUUACAUGGUAACUUUACUUGAACACUUAUCAUGAAUGUUUUAUCCGUUUAUUCAUUUCUGUACCAAGUUAUGGUUUAUUGGUUGCUCUUCAUUAAAUUUAGAAGCUAAGAGCUGCUAAAAGUGUUUAGUUUUUAUAAGUCUGUUUUUAAAACCAAAAUGUUGUCCCGAACUCUUAUUGGCAUUGGUUUUGCUGCUUUACUAGGAGUUACCAUUACAAUUUGCGUUUUAGUUCCUAUUCUCAAAAGAUCAUCAUCUUGGUCAUUCAAUGAAGAUGAAAGUGAACCAGAAUGGGUUGCAUUCAAAGACAACGUUUCUCUUUCCAAUGCAUACGUAGCUGGUUACCAAACGAAUGACGAUCCCGUUUUGAUCUGUCGAGCAGAUUAUGAACACUAUGCAGGAGUUUAUAUUGGCAUAUUUCCAGGAACUCUUGACCCAAGGAAAAGCGUUUGUUUAAUCUCUUACGGAGGCAAUUCUUAUGAAAUGGAAACCUUUGAAUUUUUAGAAGCCAAAGAUGAAUCGAAGCUAACCUGGGUGACAUCUUCAAAAGGUGAUUUACCAAUGGGAACUUUAAUUGCUGGUUCAUCAGAUGUAACCGACGAACUUCCCAUUGCUAAAUUUUAUCACAAAAAUCAGAUUUUGAUUGGUAAAGUUGAGGCAAGAGAUGAACUUGCUUAUGCUUCAUAUGAUGAUACAGAAGUUGAAGCCAUUGAAUAUGAAGUUCUCUGUUUGACCGACUUUAGUUUGAAAAAGUAGAAAAAAUUGCCAAAUUUACAUUUCAAUUAAAGCAUUACAUUUCUGUAAGUUUUUUCAUCAAUAAAUAAUUAUGUCACUAACGAAGCAAGGCUCGUACAGGACUAAAUCAAGGUU